UGUUGUUGUUGUGGAACCAAAAUCGAGGCAAAAACAAUCGAAGUCAAGUAUUUAAAAAAAGCCAGUCAAGUAGAAAAUAGAGUCAUUAAUUGUUUUAAAUUAUGUGGACAGGGCUGAGAGAUCUAGAUAGAAAAGAACAAUCAAAACAACAAUAUGUGCAAAUAAACGGAGUGACGAGUACGAGUGCAAUUAAUUGUGCAAUAACAGAAGUUGAAAGAUAACUGCUGCUGCAGCUGUUUUGAUUCUACGAGGAGGAGACACAGAGCAGACGCAGACACUUUCUCCAGAGCAAAACCUGUCGAGUGGCUUAUUUGACAUCCAUUCGGAUAUCAAUAGAAAAAUAGAGGCCAAGCCACAGCCAGUAGACUACCAAGCAGCGCACCUGUGUGCUGGAGCUGAAGCACACACAGCCAUAGAAAUAGCAACAAAAAGUUGAUUGGCGUCUUUUGCUGUUUUAUUGGCAUUAGAGCCACAGUCACAUCUUGGCCACUCUUGUGAUCGCUCGCUCGUUCAUUCCACUUCUGCUUCCACUCCCCAAAACGCAAAACGCAGAACUCAAAAAGCAAAACGCAAAAGAAUUCCAUAAUUUGCAUAUGCCACACUCGCAUGCACAGAGAUCAACAUCAUUGAGAGGGGAGGAGCCGGUGUAGGAGGAGGCAUGCUUGUCGAAUUGAGUCAUUAUUUGAUUGCCAGUGCCCAGAAAACACACAUACACAAAAUAGAGGGAUAGGAUGCCUGCUCUCGGGGAGAAAGUGCGUCGCCUGCUGGAGGCCAAAGAUUUGGGCGACAUCACCACAGAGCUGUGCGACUUCUCGCUGAAAGAGCAGAAUGCCACCGCAGAGGCGCAGGGAGUGCAGCCGUCGUCGGCAUCCGACUUUAUGCCCAUACUCGGACAGACGGUCACCUACAUUGUGGCCUGUGUGCUGAUCAACGAGCACGACGAGCUGCUCAUGAUCGAGGAGGCCAAACAGAGCUGUGCAGGUAAGUGGUAUCUACCCGCUGGACGCAUGGAGCGGGGCGAGUCCAUCACAGAGGCCGCCGCAAGGGAGGUGUUUGAGGAAACCGGACUGAAUGCGGAGAUAACGACCCUGCUCGCUGUGGAGGCUGCCGGGGGCUCCUGGUUCCGAUUUGUGAUGACCGGACGCAUCACUGGCGGUCGCUUGAAGACGCCGGCAGAUGCGGAUGCGGAGUCCAUUCAAGCGCGAUGGGUGCUGAAUCCCCAGGAGAUGCCACUGCGGGCCAACGACAUCCUGAACAUCAUUGACAUUGGACGGGCCUACCACAAGGGAGCCAGGAAGCCGGGAGCGCUGGAGAGUGCCAGCGAGCCGCUGUGGCACGGCAGCAUCCUGCCCACGCGAUUCCCCCACAGGAGGAAUUACCUGCGUGUCCUGGCGGUGGCCCGAAAGCGGGCCAGCAACUCGAUGAACAUCCUCAUCAGCGAGAAGAACGCCCACCACUUCCCCACGGUGGAGCUGCAUCCGAACCGCAGUCUCCACUCGACGCUGCGCAAGUUCAUGAUUGAGAUUUUUGGAGCGGAGCUGCCGCAGCACAAGCCUCACGGCCUCUUGAGCGUGGAGCACUGUGCCUCCGAGGGGGAGAACACGGACGGAAUAUGCCUGAAUCUGCUGGUGGCCUUUCGGCCGCCCAUCGAGCAGAUAUCGCUGAUUGGCAAAUGCAUUUGGCAGGAGCUGGCGGCCCCCUUGGACGAGAGGCUGGGGCGGAUUGUUAGCAGCAAACAGUCCUCGAUACCACUCAAUGUGGUGCGAUAGGAGGACCCGGCCAGAAUAACGAGGAUUAGGAUAGCAGCGUGCCUUAGUCUUUAGUCGUAGGUUAAAUCCCCAGUGGCCCCCCUAUCCACUAUUCAAUCCAUGGUGCAAGCAAUCUAUAAUCCACAAUUUAGUUGCAAUUAAAGGAACACAAAGAUCACAGAUA